CAGUAAUCCACAAUACAAACCAAUUUCACAGGUAGAACCGUAACCAAUAACCACCAAACGCACAUCAAAAAAAGAAAACCGCGCCUCCACAAAUCCACAACCACCCAAACCAAUUUUACAACAGUCAAUAAUGGCAUUCACAGCCAUCACCGAAACCCUAGCAACUCCUGAAUCUCCGGCCCUUCCUUCCGAAACUAUAGAUACAGAAUCUGUAACGACAAAACCCCCUACCUCAUUAUCGUUAGCUGACAAUGAUGAUGCCCGAAUCGAAAAGGCAUGGAAACAUUGGAAGAAACUCGGUGAGCCUAAACUGAUUGUAGCACCAAUGGUUGAUAAUUCUGAACUUCCGUUUCGAUUACUGUGUAGGAAAUAUGGUGCUCAAGCUGCUUAUACACCUAUGCUUCACUCUCGUAUUUUUACUGAGAACGAGAAAUAUCGUAACACCGAAUUCACUACCUGCGAUGAGGAUCGGCCGUUAUUUGUUCAGUUUUGUGCGAAUGAUCCGGAUACUUUGCUUGAGGCGGCACGAAGAGUGGAGCCUUAUUGUGAUUAUGUUGAUAUUAAUUUAGGCUGCCCUCAGCGUAUUGCCAAACGUGGAAACUACGGAGCUUUCCUAAUGGACAAACUGCCUCUUGUGAAGUCCUUGGUUGAAAAACUAGCUCUUAACCUCGAAGUUCCCGUGUCUUGCAAAAUCCGACUUUUCCCAGACUUGCAAGACACUUUGAAAUAUGCAAAAAUGUUGGAGGACGCUGGAUGUGCUCUUCUUGCUGUACACGGACGCACCCGAGAUGAAAAAGAUGGAAAAAAAAUUCGAGCAAAUUGGAAGGCUAUACAUGCUGUGAAAAAUGCUCUUCGAAUACCAGUCCUAGCAAAUGGAAAUAUACGUCACAUGGAGGACGUGAAACAGUGUUUGGAAGAGACUGGUGCUGAUGGGGUACUUUCUGCUGAGACCCUUCUCGAAAAUCCAGCUCUGUUUGCUGGAUUUAGGACUGUCGAUUGGGUAUCUGAUAGUGAAGUUGGUGAUCAAGAGGUUAAAUUGGAUCAAGCUGACUUAGUUAUUGAAUAUCUGAAACUUUGUGAAAAAUAUCCGGUGCCAUGGAGAAUGAUUCGUGCUCAUGUUCACAAAUUGUUAGGGGAGUGGUUUAGGAUUCACCCACAUGUAAGAGAUGAUUUUAAUGCACAAUCGAUACUCAGCUUUGAGUUCCUGUAUGAUAUGGUCAAUCGGCUUAGAGAUCUUGGAGUUUCAAGGCCUCUUUAUGUUAGCAACACUGGUCCGGAAAGUGUGUGUGCAAAGGGGGUCUAGGAUGAGUUCAACACCUACACAGGUUCAUUUGAUUGUACUUUUGUAUACUAGUAUAUCAUGCAUUCAACUAUUUAUCUGAUUUUCAAAUGAAGACGAAAGAGCUUAGCAAAUCAUCUGUUCAAUAAUAUUUUGAAAAAUCUAGGUCUUGUUAAGAUUUGUUAUAUGAGCACAUUACUUGGUAGAUCUUUUGUUCCAAAAAGAGGAACCAUCACUCCUUGUAAACUUUUAUUGAUAUACAUUUAGAAAUUUUUGUGUUAUACUGUUAUUA